CGAGAGCAUCUGGCGCUUAGUUACAACUGCACUGGUAUUUUACUUGUUUUAUUGUAUAUAAAUUUGAUCAUAUAGAUUUAAUUAGCAAGCAAGGCAUAAUGUUGGCAGAGCCAACACUUUCUAGUAUGGAGUUGAGUUAGGUGGUGGCUCUGAGGGAAACCGUCGCUGAUCCCAUCAAGGACGCUUGAUCACGUGGUCGUGCUUGGUACUCUCGUCACGAAUGACUUUCUUGGUGCACCUUUUUACGCGCUCGCCCAUUUGCAAGCGGCGCGCUCUGCACGCGCUUUACAGUGCAUCAACAUGCCAGCGUCGGGCUUUCUAUGUCAACGAAAUCAUGUACCGCUGGUCGAGUCCGGUCCUCAAGGCCAAGUCUCCCAACGUGAUCCAGAAAUUCAAGCUACCCGAAAACAUCGACACAUUUCACCCUCAGAAUAUUACAGACCGCCACUUCAUCGACAUCUCUAAAUCCGCGCUCGCCGACAUCAAUCUAUACCGUCGCAUUGCACGAGACCAGAAAAUGGAUCCCCACAUGCGGCAGUUUGGACAACAGCUCGUUACGAGCCACAUUCCGUGGCCGGAGGACCUGCGGGGGUUCUUUUAUUAUCACUCCCCUGCGAAAGAAUCGCCGAUCAACGGAGGGCUCCGUUUCCGAGUGACCGACACCCCGACUCGCGAUGGAUUUCUGCAAGGAAAGGAUCUGCUCAUGCCUCACGGACUUCCUUGGGCUAUCCCCAUAGACGAGAUCGCCACGCGCGCGCAUUAUCAGGAUCAGCUCCUUGGGAUUCUUGUUCGUGAUGGGUUCGCUCCGCCGCAUCUGCAGAAGGCCUUGGUGAACCUCGACGUUAUACGGGACUCCAACUGGGUCUCGGCAUUUGGGCAGAGCUGGCCGGUUGACUGGCAGACGGAGUACUCGAGAAUAUAUCUUCUGCCCCCGGGCUAUCCGCCGGUGCCAGUGAUGGUGACUCAUCCGUGGUACAACAAGCGGGGCAAGCCUAAGAGUCCUUUCACUGGCAGUGGUGUGGUCACUCUCGUCCGCGGCGACAAGACAUCAGGCCAUCCGUACAUGCUGCGCGUCAAGACAAUACUCUCGCUCACUCAACAUGGUGUAAAUGAGAACGCGGUCCGGCCCUCGGAAGGGAUGGAAGUUCCGUUCGAGCCGCUUUGUAUACUGAAGACGACGAAGCGAGUGGAGAAGAAACGUCAAGGGGCUCAGCCCGCGGUCGACUUCGCACUCAAGCGGCUCCCUAACAGUCCAGCGGAGUCAGAUCCAAUGGACUUUUAUCGCUACACGGAGCCGAUCUUCCUAGAGAGGAGGCAGCUGCCAGACUGGGAGAUACGGCUGAUUCAAACUCGUGAGGCCGAGUUCAGAGCGAAAGCUGAAGCGCUGCAUCCUCUUUGGUCGAAAGCUGAACACUCGCUGCCCAGGUCCAGUCCGCCUCAUCUGGAUGUAAAGGGUCCGCAAUUGACUCUGAAUUACCAUUUCAAGCCAGCUGGGACCAAGCCUGUAUCGUCCUAG